AUGAAUUCAAACAAUUGUUACUUUGUACUCUUUUUUUUCAUGUCGUUGAUAAAACUGUAUAAAGGUAUCAAAAUACCAUUAUAUAUAAAUUCAACUAGAAAUGUAGAGACUGUAGCAUUGAUUGAUAUAUUAUAUGAUCAUUUCAAACAGACUAUACCUCGUAGUCAUUUAGUAGAUGUGAUCAACAUUGGAGGUGUCUAUUGUAGACAUGCAACACCCAAACCUACAGUACUACCAAAUGGACGAAUACGAUAUCAUCCUCAUACUCUACCCAACCCUCAUCGUGUCACAGACCAAAACUAUUCACUUGAACCACAAUCUUUGGUUAAACUUUAUUUAUUUCCUCGUCAUAAUACAACUAUUCAUCUAAAUAACAAUAAUAAUAAUAAUAACAAUAGUAAUAAUAAUAAUAAUAAUAAUGGUUUAAAUAUAAUACACGAUAAUGAAUCAUUUAUGGUAGUUGAUAAACCACAUGGUAUCAAUGUUGGGCCAUUAAUUGAUAAUUUAAAGAAUAAUCUAUCAUGGAUGGUCAGACAACAACAACAACAAUCUAUAGACACACCUAUUUAUAAUCCACAUAGAAUAGAUUUCCCAACAAGAGGUUUAUGUUUAUUGGUUAAAAAAUCGGAUGAAAUACAUAGAUUUAAUCAAUUAUUUAAAGAUAGAACAAUUAAAAAAAGAUAUAGAGUUUUCAUUUAUGAAAAUCAAAAUGAUAAAGAUAAAGAAAUAGAAAAGGAUGGAGAGGAGAAAGAGAAACUACGUGUUGGAAGAUAUAUACAUUAUAUGAAACCAUCAAAAUCAACAAUUAAACAAUUAUCAUUAGAUAAAGUGGAUGGAUGGCAUGAUUGUGGUACUGAAAUUGAUUAUUUAAAGACAGAUUUUACAAAAAAUGUCUAUAUGGACGACAGAGAUAUUGGAAAAGGAGAUAAAAGAAGACCACAUAGACGAAUACAAUUAAAAACAGUAGAUGUAGAAUUAAUAACUGGUAGAACUCAUCAAAUUAGAUCACAGAUGAGUUUUAUGGGUUAUCCAAUCAUUGGUGAUAAAAUGUAUGGUGGAAAAUCUUUAAAUGAAAUUGCAAAUGAAAAAGAAGAAUCAAAGGAUAAAGUAGUAGCGGAUGGAAUGUCAUUAGAUAGUAGAGAUUAUGAUGGAUCACUGGUAUCUUCUGUAAUUGGUUUAAUGGCAUAUCAAUUAUCUUUUAAAUGUCCAAUUACAAAAAUCGAUUAUCUUUUUUCUCUUUUUCCCGGAUCAAAAUAA